CACUCACUCACUGCAUCUGUCGCCCAAUACUUGCUUUAGCGCUUGAUCGCAUUCUCCUUCAGAAAGUUCCACGCCCACCGAAACCAUAGCAGGAAACUAUCUCUUCAGCUCGCCUUCUCCCCGCAUUGACCUCAAGAGCCCCCUUCCAGCGACAGGCAAUCACUCCAUCGACCGAGUACGAACGGACCUCACCGUGAUUCUUCUCGAAGAAUACCCGCCUCCGAUCAAUUUGGCCGCGACCAGAUCGUUUGUCACGAUGGUCCCUUCUGUCUGAUCAUCAAUUCAGCUGCAGCAUUGACACGUGUUUGAAUUGAUCUCAUUGCCUACUAUGUCAUCAUCGCAAGCCCCUUCCACCUUGUCGCACAGUCUGGCCAUCCCAUUCGCGAGUCGCCUGAGCGAGCAACUGUCUCAGCGGUCCGAAAACACUAAAUCAGCCAUCGACUCCGGCAAUACGGUCGACAGGAGCAGGUCGCUAGGGCCUCCUCUACGCCCAUCACCGGCCGCUCGCUCGCUCUCCGACGCUGCAAAGCCGGUUUCCGCUACACCCCACCUUCCCCCCGAUUCCCGACCUCCUAGUAAGGAUGAUUCUUCACUCUCAUCGACUCCCGAGACUCCCCACCGGUCUUUCAUGCACAAUUUCCCCUUGAAUUUCCCCUCCAAAACACCUGGCUCGGGCUCCUUGUCGGCGUCCACCCGCGCCCCGCUUUCUCCCAAGCUCGACUCCUCCCACAUCUACGGCUCUCCGGGCUCCGUGCUUCCCCGUCGCUCGCGAGGCCUCGACUUCUCUCGUGCUUGUACCAAUCUUCAUCACUCUACGCUCGCCGAGGCAUCGCCAGACUCGUCACCUACCGUUGGCGGGCGCGGUGUGAAUAUUCCCCAACGUCGCGGCUCGCUGGGUUCGUCAUCCGCUCAUCCGUUCUCGACCUCGAACCCGGGCGACCGCACAACGAUCUCGAGCUCGGUCUCGAGUAUCAACAUGAUGGAAUCCGAUACGAGCAGCAGUGAGGAGGAUGAUGAACCCAUGAUGGGCGAUCGGGAUGAUAUCAUGAUAACCAACACCCCGCAGGCGAAGAAGUUUGGGGGCGGUGUCAGUCCUUUCGCGGUAGGCAACGUAUCGAGUCCGGGAAGUGAAUGGAUGGGCGGCUAUUCGCAGGCGGCGGCCAGCCUCAUGAGCUUCCAACGCGCUCGUUUCCGGAAAGGACGUAGCCGACACAGCUCCAGCAGUGGCAGCUCCAAACAGAGUCCCGGACCGCUCUCGCCCCCAGUCAUGAAGAGCAUCGAGAAUCCGAACGGUGGAUAUUUUGCUGCACGCGGCAGUGUCUCAUCGCGUCGCGGAAGUCUCAGCCUGGGAACGCGGGACUUGCGCUUGUCGGAUGUCAGUGACGAAGGCGAGCAUCGCGCCAUGCGGGGGCAGAGUCCCAAUACAUCAAACUCGGAGGGCGGGCCUCUGGGGGUUAUACGUCGUGCUGUCACUCGACGGGGCAGUCUAUUGCCCAAGACGAAGACUUUCGCACGCAUCCGAGCAGCUCUGAUGGAAGAAGGUGCUCCGAUCGACAGCGAAGCCAAGCGCGAGGCCGAAGUCAUCCGACAAGUCCGCGAAAGCGAGCCCGAUGUACCGCCUAAAUCACCCUUGGGUGUUCUCUCCUCGCUCGAAUCCUUCACGCCAUCUUCUACCAUCGGACAUGCGCACGAGGACUCGGCCGGAACCGGCGGACUCACCGUGACGCCCGACGAGCCCAAAUUCAGCGAUCAAGCCCAUCGUAAUUCGGGCGGGAUCAACUUCUGGAACUCGUUCGAUGAGCGGUACCGCACGCCGCCGCCACCCCCAUCCCGACAGCACGGGGCCUCCUCCGUCUCCGAAGACGACCUGACCAUGGACUUCACUCCGUCCACCACCACCACGACCACCAUGCACCACCAUCACCACGAAUUUGUCAAACCGAGCGAACGUCCCGGCUCCCGCAGCGAAGCGUCCUCCUCGCACCCCACGCAAUCCGGCUUCCUCGGCGAGCAGAUCAGGCGCAAACGCCGCCGCGACGACGACUUCGACCCCAACCUCUUCAAACGCCGCGCCGUGUCCCCCAGCAUGAGCGCGCAGAGCAGCCCCAUCAUGCCGAACUCGCCGGCCGUGAAGGACACCAGCCCCAACAUCUGGGGCGCCCCGCGCUCGAACCUGGGAUCACUGUUCGGCGACCGCCCCAGUGUCGGCGAGAACGGGGGCCGUCCGUCGACGAGUGGUCAUUCGGGGAAUCCGAAACGCGUAGGCUUGCAGGGGAUGAAUGAGACGAAUGACGGGCUCAUGAAUAUGAGUAUAGAGUGAUACAUACCUACUUGUUUCAGACAUCACUCUCCGGGAGGGCACGUUGAUGUUAAGCGUUGCAACCAUUUGACCAUUCUUUAGCGGGUGCUGAUUAUCGAUAUUUUUGGGAUAUAUUUGCCAGGGGCGUUGACGGCUUGCUUUGACUUUUGGGGCUUUUGCACGAGGGUGUUUCGCUUGUCAUCAUUUAUAGCAAAUAGUUACCG